AUGUCAUACAGCGGGGAGAAGGCAGAUACUCCACUCGUUAUGUCGGUAGGAACAGAUUUAAUUAAAUGUGCUGAUAACAUAGCGAAAGACGUGGAGACCGGGGCUAAAAACAUACCCCUACAAACGAGCGAGAACAACGCCGUGAGCCCCUUGCAUCAUCAGGGGCUGACAGAAUACCCCCCCUCCGCAGACAUUAGAGGGGAAGCCUAUAGGGAGGGAGUCUGUCCUGUGGAUAAGACGCACAGAAAUCAAUGCAGAUCCUGCCGAUUGAAAAAGUGUCUAGAUGCGAACAUGAACAAAGACGCUGUGCAACAUGAAAGGGGUCCCAGGACAUCGACUAUACGAAAGCAAGUGGAACUGUACUUCAGAGGGCACAAAGAGAUCAGUGGCGCCCCAUCUCGCUUUCCAUCCAACUCUAUACCAGGCCAAGCUUUCUUCACUGCAGUCACCCAGAUAGAACCACGCAACCUGGAGCUUGCUACAGUUUCCAGCAUCCCAGAAAGGCAGACCAUCUUGGGACUAGUGCAACCCACUCCUAAGUAUCCCCACGAAGUGAGCGCUGCACCGAUGUAUCUGUGUGAAGUAGCCACGGAAUCAGUGUGCGAGUCAGCGGCCAGGCUGUUGUUCAUGAGCAUCAAAUGGGCAAAAAGUGUACCAGCAUUUUCUACUCUGCCUUUACAAGAUCAAUUAAUUCUUUUGGAAGAGGCCUGGAGAGAGCUUUUUGUUCUAGGAAUUGCACAGUGGGCCAUCCCGAUUGAUUCAAACACUCUACUGGCUGUUUCUGGCAUGAGCACGGAGAACAUGGACUCUCAGAGAUUAAACACAGUUAUUACAGAAAUCCAAGCCCUGCAAGAAGUAGUUGGCAGAUUCAGACAACUUCGAAUGGACGCCACAGAAUUCGCCUGCUUAAAGUGCAUUGUCACGUUCAAAGCUGUGCCUUCCCACAGCGGUUCAGAUCUAAGGACCUUUCGCAAUGCGUCUGCUAUUGCCUCACUGCAGGAUGAAGCACAGCUGACCUUGAACAGCUAUAUACACACAAGGCAUCCAACACAGCCUUGUCGGUUUGGGAAACUGUUGUUACUUCUGCCUGCUUUAAGAUCAAUAAGCACCUCCACCAUUGAAGAGGUAUUUUUUAAGAAAACGAUAGGAAAUGUGCCAAUCACGAGGCUGCUGUCUGACAUGUACAAAUCCAGCGACAUUUGAACAUGAAUUUUUAAUGUUUCUUACAUCAACAGAGACUCUACGAAGAAAUAAUAAAUGCCUCUUUCUGACAAACCUUUUGCGUUGACAAUAACAGUCAUUUAAUCAACAGCAUAACAGGUUUUGCUGGCUAUAAGAGACAUGUCACUCGCACUAUUUGUUCUGGAUAUUUGAGACAGCAGAUCUGUUUGUCGAACUGAAGCAGAACAUUGGGAAGGACUGGUUGGUAACAAUAUGCAGAAGUUCAGAGCAUUUAAACUUAAAAUGUUGAGUGGUUUUCAGACUCGUGGAACGGUUUCUUUUAAAGGAAGACUCUUUCAUUUUCAGAACAUUGCUGAACCUGACUGUAAACGUGUUGCGUUGAUCUACCUUGAAUAACUCAAUUAUUGUCUGAUACAACAGUAAGGUUUGUGAUAUAACAUUAUAAAGAGGCAAUGAGUUCUGGAUUGGAGGAGAGGUAUGCUGUACUUAAUUUUAUGUUUUGUUUUUGUCUUACUCCUGCUUUGCUUUAUUGAAAAUUAACUUGCAUCUCAAAGACAGACACGCUUUACAAUCAAUGUGUAUUUUCAGUGUAUAAAAUACAGCAAAAGAAACCAAAUAAAGUAGAAUUGCUUUUGUUCGUCAGCUAGUCGCUGUCCUUGACACAGUGCUGAAAACAAAGGCGAUACUUUUGGAGAACGCCUCGGAUCAAGGAUAAGCACAUGCUGGUCCAGGUACAUAGGAUGGUCCAUGAUGGCACUGGAAGACGCAGCUGUUUUUGCCGUCAUUCAGUAGUUUGACACAUUUAAUGAUGCAUUAAGCAGCUGUGGGUAAAAUACUGCUUUUUCUUUAAAAGAAAAUUGUGCUGAUGUGAUGGGCUGACACUGUUGCCUUGUAAUGGCAGUAGAUACUAGCACUGAGAAAUUCAGCACUUGUGGACUAUAGAAUAUGAUAAAUUGUUUUGUUGUACAAAAAGUAAAGAAUUAACUGACUCAUGAAAUGAGAACUUUUGUAUAUGAUUAGAAUAAAUAAUAUUGAACUGGAAACCUCUAAUGUACUUUUUUUGUUCACUGCAUGGCCUUACAUUACUUACGAUGCAACACUAUUGAAAUUUCUAUGGACUGGGUUUAUUUUUGUAUUGCUGGUAAUACACUGCUGUGCAUUAGAUGCCGAAGACACUGCCCUGGCCUGUGUUUCAUCUGUGGCAGGCAAAUAGAAUAGAAUAGCUUUUGAACUCAAAGAACAGAAAAAAGGGAGGGUUUGAUAACUCUGCCACUAUACUGUCUGUAUUUUCUUACAUACAAAAAGAAAAAUAUCAUCCCAGGAUUGUUCAAUUUUUCUGUUUUUUUAUGCCUUCCAUACUUUAUUGGUAAAUAUAAAGUUGUAUAUUCAGAUCCGAAAUCUUGUGUAUCUAUAUAAAAAAGAAAAAA